GGCAGGUGCAGCGGGGGGCGGCGGGCGGUGAGGGCAGCGCCCCGGUGGCGGAGCAGCUGCAGCUGGCGGUGCAGCUGGAGGACAGCCUGCGCCUGCUCACGGCCAAGAAGUGCAGCGUGGUGGCGGAGGAGGAGGGCGGCGCCACCUGGAGGGCCUGCGCGCAGCUGGGAGGGUUCGGCGACAUCCUGAGGCUUCAGCUGCUGCAGCUGCGGGCGGACGGCCAGCUGGAGAAGGUCGACGUCGCCGCUUGUUCUGACCAACCUGGAGUUUACGUGGGACCGCCAAUCAUCUCUGUACUGGAGACAACUGAAGAUGAUUUUAAAGAUGGCCGCCUAAAGAUUAAUGACAUUCUUCAAGACAGACAACGAUGGCGGCACACACGCAGCCUUAAGAUGUCACACGGCGCUGAUGGCCUGGAGGGGCUGCUGCGCGUCGUCGCUCCGCAACUGGAGGAGCUGGUGAUCAAUGUCGAUGUGCAGCCGAGCGUGAUGUUGGAAGUGGAUAAAAUGAAGUCCCUCAAAAGACUGGAAGUAAGACUGGAAGUAAGAUGCGGUGAUGACUUGGACUACCCGGACCUUCCCUUGCAGCUCGAGGAGCUCUCGAUACGGCUUCCAAGAGAAAACCAGUUGCGGUGUGUGGAGCGGAUGGCCCAUCUGCGCAGCCUGCGUGUGAUUGAUUACCUUGGUCCGGAAAUGAACUUCGCUCCCUCCCAGCAUGGGGCCCUGCGGUGGCUUGAAGUUGGCUUCAAUGCAAAGCGCAAAAACACCAUGAUGUCGCUGAUCCGCGCCUACGCCUCAUCUGUGCAGGAGCUCCACAUAUACUGCACCGUCAGUGUGGAUUAUCAUCAUAAAGCAUUCUACUUCUCCGAUCUCGGCGAGGAGCUGGGGGCGUGCGGUCUUCACGCCCUGCGGCGGCUCGUCCUUGUACGCCCACCAAGAGACCCAUGCACAAAGCAGCUCGCGGGCUGCCUGCUGCAGUGUCGGACCAUCGGAAACUCCUUGCCCCCUCACGUGCAAGUGGUCUGUCAAAUGUGCCACAAGCCUGCCUUCUAAGGGAGAGUGCCUAAAGUGUAAUUGUCAUCUGUUUCUAUAACGUGGUCUACAUGGUAGGCUAGCGGUUGCAAGGGCGAGCCUGCAGUACACUGCCAUGUAUAUGUAAUUUGUAUAAAUUUAAUGCUUAUUUUGAAAAGUUUUUGCCAAUGCUGUUAAGUUAAUUUGUGCUUUGUGUAAAUAUAAUGGGCAAUGCCACUGU